CAAUGCGGGCGCACGCAAUCUGCGCGUUAUCGACCGCUCCGCGAACGAGUACUCGCACCAAUUAAAUCAUAUCGUUCUCGAUCGGACUAUUGUGCGAGUGUGAACAUGAGGUGUUUAGUGCUGGUUUUGGUGGCGCUGGCGGGGGCCCGGGCCGUCGCCGCGGCGGCCGCUCCCUGCGCCGUCUCGGAGGAGUUCUUCCUGAGGCAUAAUGUAUCAGCUGACGAUAGUGAUGGACCAGGCGCGGUAUGCGGCGGGCAGUGCUGCGGGCGGGGCCGGGAAGCGCGGCUGCGGGACGCGCUGCGGCGUGCAGCGGUCGCGCGUGCCGCCGCCGCCACGCGCCCCAUCGCCACGCUGCUGCUCUCCACGCGAACUACACUGCAAGAGCACCUAACGGCGUUGUCACAUCAGUCACAAAACAAAACUGCGGCGUUGUUAGCGCAAGUGUACCGCGCGCAGACGGCACGCGCACACGGGCCGCUGAGCGUGCUGUAUGCCGAAGUGCGCGCGGCCCUGCGGACUCCCGCGCCCGCGUCCGCGUCCGACCUGUUCGACGCGCUAGUCACUGAGCCGCCCGCGCCCGCGCCCAGGGACCUCGACCUCGCUGUUGCUACUGACAAGUUCUUUCGUGAACUUUUCCCCUUGGCCUACCACAACAUACUCAAACUAGAUACCAAACAAUUCACGGUCCAGCACGAAAUGUGUCUUAAAGAUGCUUAUGAUGCCGUGCAGCCUUUUGGAGACGUUCCGCAACAGUUGGGUAUGACGCUGUCGAAGUCUAUGGAGGGCGCUCGGGCUCUGCUCGUGGCGCUGGGCGCGGGCGCGAGCGCGCUGGCGGCGGCGGAGCAGGCGGUGGCGCGCGCGAGCGGCGGGUGCGCCGCGCGCCUGCUGCGCGCCGCGGGCUGCGCGCGCUGCCGGGGUCUCGAUGCGCGGCCCUGCCGACACUACUGCCUCAACGUGGUGCGAGGAUGUGUGGGGGCGCCGGUGGCGGAGCUGGCCGGCGCGUGGACCAGCUAUGUAGAGGGCGUUGAGGCGUUGGCGCGUGCCGACGCUGACGCUGCGCUGCGCGCGCUCGAUGAGCGCGUGUCGCGCGCCGUCAUGCACGCGCUCGAAAACAAGGUUCAGCUCGAGAAGAAGGUGCGGCUAGAGUGUGGCUCCCCUGACACGACGGAGGGUGGCGGCGCGGGAGGCGCAGGCGCGGCGCCGGCGGGCGCGCCGCGACGCGAGGCGUUGCGCGCGCCUCCGCCCGACGCAGAGCUGCUGCAGUUCGCCGCCUCGCUCGCCGCCAGCAAGAGACUCUUCUCGGCGCUGCCCGACUAUUUAUGCGACGAACCCGACUUCGCCCAUGACGAGAGCGAUCACUGCUGGAACGGGAACACACUUGGAACGUACGAAAAACCCCUUGUGGCGAGCUCUUCAUUGAGCGACCAGAAAUACAACUCUGAAGUUGAAGGCACCGUGCCGCAGGACCUGAAGGUGGCGGCCAUUGGCGACCAACUGCGGCAGGCUAGACAGCUGCUGGCGAGCAACACGUGGAGCAGAGCGCCGGCCGCCGAGGCGUUCAUGCAGGGUGACGAGGCUGGCGAGGAGGGCUCGGGCUCCGGCCGCAGCUACGCGUACGACGACGCCGCGCUCGACGCCGAGGGCUCCGGCGAGGAGGGCUCCGGACACGUCGCCGUCGGAAGCCGGCCAGACGGGGGAGAGGAGCCGCCGGUGCAGCCGCCGCCAACGCAGGGCGGGGCGGGGCGCUCGUGCGCGCCGCCGCUGUUGGCGCUGGCGUUGCUUGUGCUGCUCACCUAGGCCGCGGCCGCGCCGCUCGACGUCCCGACGCGACACUUCCGCCCCUGAGGAGUCUGAACCACCUAAAAGAAUUCUCAUAUCAUUUAGUGUGAAAUCACGAUUAGCUAAAAAGCCUUGCGUAAUAAUCGUAUAUAGUGUGAAAAAUUUAAGACUCCUAUGUUUUUCGUACCGUUUAUUCGGUGAUACUUUAGCGGAUUCCUAAGAACUUUAUAUACGAAGAAUACUGUCUGACAAUAAUUAGCUAAAUAAUUAUUGACAGUGUGUUUGCUUUUCUUUAAAAAAAACAACUGGUGAUAGAAUAAUGCAUUUGUUGUUUUACAUCGUACGAGUUAGCACUUCAAUUAAACAGGUAUACCUACGCGAUAGAUUAUAAUGGUCUGCAAUUAAACAUAGGUAUAUACCUACGCGAUAGAUUAUAAUGGCCUGCUAUUAAACAUAGGUAUAUACCUACGCGAUAGAUUAUAAUGGCCUGCUAUCAAACAUAGGUAUAUACCUAUGCGAUAGAUUAUAAUGGCCUGCUAUCAAACAUAGGUAUAUACCUACGCGAUAGAUUAUAAUGGCCUGCUAUCAAACAUAGGUAUAUAGCUACGCGAUAGUUUAUAAUGGCCUGCAAUUAAACAUAGGUAUAUACCUACGCGAUAGAUUAUAAUGGCCUGCUAUCAAACAUAGGUAUAUACCUAUGCGAUAGAUUUUAAUGGCCUGCUAUCAAACAUAGGUAUAUAGCUACGCGAUAGAUUAUAAUGGCCUGCUAUUAAACAUAGGUAUAUACCUAUGCGAUAGAUUAUAAUGGCCUGCUAUCAAACAUAGGUAUAUAGCUACGCGAUAGAUUAUAAUGGCCUGCUAUCAAACAUAGGUAUAUACCUACGCGAUAGAUUAUAAUGGCCUGCUAUCAAACAUAGGUAUAUAGCUACGCGAUAGAUUAUAAUGGCCUGCUAUCAAACAUAGGUAUAUACCUACGCGAUAGAUUAUAAUGGCCUGCUAUCAAACAUAGGUAUAUAGCUACGCGAUAGAUUAUAAUAGCCUGCUAUCAAACAAAGGUAUAUACCUACGCGAUAGAUUAUAAUGGCCUGCUAUCAAACAUAGGUAUAUAGCUACGCGAUAGAUUAUAAUGGCCUGCUAUCAAACAUAGGUAUAUACCUACGCGAUAGAUUAUAAUGGCCUGCUAUCAAACAUAGGUAUAUAGCUACGCGAUAGAUUAUAAUGGCCUGCUAUCAAACAAAGGUAUAUACCUACGCGAUAGAUUAUAAUGGCCUGCUAUCAAACACAGGUAUAUAGCUACGCGAUAGAUUAUAAUGGCCUGCUAUCAAACAUAGGUAUAUACCUACGCGAUAGAUUAUAAUGGCCUGCUAUCAAACAUAGGUAAAUAGCUACGCGAUAAAUUAUAAUGGCUUGCUAUUAAACAUAGGUAUAUACCUACGCGAUAGAUUAUAAUGGCCUGCUAUCAAACAUAGGUAUAUAGCUACGCGAUAAAUUAUAAUGGCCUGCUAUUAAACAUAGGUAUAUACCUACGCGAUAGAUUAUAAUGGCCUGCUAUCAAACAUAGGUAUAUAGCUACGCGAUAGAUUAUAAUGGCCUGCAAUUGUCAAAUGCAUAUCAAUAUUGUAUCAAUAAACGUUUUUGUAAAUAUAAUCUAUACCUAUUAUAAUAUAGAUACGAGUACAUUUAUGAAAUGAAACAUUUUACUUUUUUUUUGCAUUUAACGUGUUCAAAACGUCAUAUUGUGGUAUUUGUGGUCGUAGCCACAAUUUCACUGUUAAAGUGUACUAGCUGAUUGGAUAUAAAUUUAUAAAUAUAUAAAAGAAGAACGUAUAACGAUUAGAAAAAGUGAUAGAAUUACGAAGGGUUUAAUGUACAGAUGUAAAUACCUAAAACUCUGACGGUCUAGGUGCUUAGCUAGUAAACAUAUUUUGUUGCCAUAUUAAAAUUACGUAUAUUAUUAUUUAUAACACUAAUUAAGUCAUAAUUUACUGUAUUAAUAUUUUAUGUGAUACUGAUUUAGUUAAGUCCAUAAGAUUUAUUGCAUGCGAAUGAAGUUAUUUAUAAAUUGUAUAUUGGUCCUGCGCUGCGGUUGACUGUGGCAAAUGUUAUUGCGGUGUACGUAGACUGUGGAGUAGUGUAUGAGUACACUUGCACAGCACAGCACAGCAAGGGACAGGGCGCGGGGGGAGGCGGGCCCGCGGGCCGAGCUCGCCAGGGGCGCUCACGACUACGACUGGGCCUAAUCAACCAACGUGCUGGUUUGUCAAAGCUAACAACGGCUGCCCGAUGCAGCGUUACCCUCUGGUUCUUACUUAUUAAGAUAGAGCUGCAUGUAGUUGCAGUUGUCCAAGUCGAAGACGAAUUUAAAUUUUAAUGAGAACACAAUUCAAGAGCUAUCUUCUCUUGUUGGAAGUCAGUAAAAAUAGCACGCCUGUACGCUGGCAAUCUAGCGCUUGCACCUGCCCUCUGUUGUGUUGUGAUACGUAAGCGCCAUUUGCACCAUCCCACUAACCCGGGAUAAACCGGUUAAACCGUUAACCCAGUGACAAAUUUUACUGGUAAUCAUGGUAAUUCCAGGUUUAACCGGAUAACCCAGAGUUAGUGGGAUGGUGCAAGUGGCCCUAAGGUCGUCAUCGGACCUACUAAAUGUCUAAAAGUAAAAAUAUUUAUAUAACAUCAUAUUAAUCAUAAUAAAACGUAUGUACGUAUGUAGUUAUAAUGUACAUUCAGACACCAUGUAAUGGUGCGCUGGAGUUUUUGUAAAUGAGUUUUAGGUUAAAUGGAGGCGUAGAAUGGAGAGGACAAGAAUUGGCACGUGGAAUAUAUAUUGUUAGUGUCGUUUGAGACGACGCGAAUGUUCAUGUUAUGCCUUAAAGAAUGACUCACGCUACACCGGGCCGGGGCCGGGCCCGAGCUUCCAGCGCUUCGUUUUCUAUGAAAGCACCUCAUGACCACCCAUCAGCCGUCAUAGAAAAUCGUCGGUCGGGCCGGGCCCCGCCGUCCCGGUGCGGUGUAGCGUGAGAGCGUGAGUCAACCUUUUCUCGGUAGCGGCGAGCACCGCACUGGCGCACCUCGACCCUCGUACUAGUUCGUACCAUAGAUAUUAUAGUUAUUGUUUCCGUUCACCGACAUCGACAGCCAGGCACAGGCUUCGGACUCUGUCGGAAAUUAACUCAAACAAAUUGUAAAUAUAUUGUUGGAAUAAUGGUAGUGAUCAAAAAAGAAGACAUUUUGCUGUUAAAUCUGAAUAUAUAUUAAAAUAAAUAUUGUACCACGCA